AUGGCAUAUUUAACCCAGCCAGAUUAUGUGAAAUAUGUUUGUUCCUGUGGACAACUCAAACCUAUUACAAGUCUUUAUUUUUGUCGGCACUGUUUGAAGAUACGUUGCGGUUUCUGCAUUUGUCAUGAGGUCGAUUCCCAUUACUGUGCUAACUGCUUAGAAAACAUGCCUUCUUCAGAAGCGCGACUCAAGAAGAAUAGAUGUAGCAGUUGCUUUGACUGCCCUAGCUGCUUCCAUACACUUUCUACACGGGCAACUUUGGCACAGCCAAGGCAACCUGUGGCAGAUGCAGCUGGGGGUGAUACCAAAGUGGAAAACAAGCAGCCUAAGAAAAUGUACUAUUUGUCAUGUUUCAACUGCAGGUGGACCUCAAGGGAUGUUGGCAUUCCAGACCAACCAGUAGCUUCUGGUGGUUGGCCAGAGAGAACAAAUCCUUUCACAACUCGCUUCAACCAACUGCUUGACUACUACAAAGCUAUUGCACAACAAGAAAAGCAAGAGAAAUUGGAAAGAGAGAGAAAGAAAUUUGCUAUUCGAGGGAAAUACCUUACACUCACAGAUAAAACUGGGUUGACGGGAGCAAUGGCCCGUAAUAUAGCAGGGCUGCCUUCCAGUGAGAGUGGUUCUUCAGCUACCAUUGCAAAUUUUACACCCAGCCAGGCAUCUUCCGAAGUAGAAGAGCUGCCUGAGGACAUAUUCACCAAGGAUGUGAACUUAAAACUGAGCACUAGUAUGGCCCAGCGGCUAGCGUCGCCGGCGUGGCAGCCCAUAAGCGUAUCACGUUUACAUCCGCUCGCCAAACUGCUGAGUGUGAAACGAAGCCAGCGGUGCCGCGCCUGCGACCACAACCUCACCAAGCCCGAGUACAACCCCGGUUCCAUCAAGUUCAAGAUAGAGUUACUGGCUUAUUACCAUGUGCCCGAAGUGAAGAUCAUAUCGUUUGAAAGUGCUAAGCCGGGCGCUAAAUCUGCCCUGUUAUUGAAGCUGACCAACCCCACGGGGCACGAGAUGAGAAUGCAGCUGCUGCGACCUGAAGACCUGCCACCCGACGACAAGGAAGAACCCAAGAGCUUAGAUAAAUCCCUCGAGAAGUCGCUCAAUUUGGAAAAGGACACUUCCCUAUACCAAUGGAUGCAGCGACGGCCUGUACUUAGCGGCCCCUGUACUGUGAACGCACCAUCUACUGAGUUAACGCUCGCGCAGAGAGACGACGCGGCAGAAUAUGACGACGACGCGCAUCACGAUGCUGGAGGCAUAAUUCUGUGGCGCAAAUCGAACAAAUUAGCGCUCCGUCUCGAAGUGGAGACGUCAGAAAGUGCUACGCCCGGUACCGAAGCGAACGCUACUUUAGCUCUGCAGUACUCGUACCGGAACACAGUACCGCCCGCGGCCAACGCUCAACCGCACAGAGACCACACUUUGUACACUGUAGUGACGUUACAGCUGGGACUGGUGGCUGGAUAAAUGUACGUAUCCAUUGUUACUUGUUGUUGUUGUUGUUGUUACUUGUUGUGGGCCCCCGUUUCCUCAUGUAGUCUCCGUAUUUGGUCCAUUGUGCGUACAGGGUAUGUUGGGCUAGCUAACUCAACCAGCCCAGCUCCUUCCAGAAGCGCAGUAGUCUCCUGGGACUCUCACGGGCUUCAGGAUUGAUGCCCGGUGUGAUGUUAUUGAUGUAUUUAUGGAUUAAUGUACGUAUCCAUAGGCUAGUUGACACAUUUUGGAAAUAUGUUUUAAAAGCUUUAUGAGACCGAAAAAAAAUGUAUUGUAUUUUUGUUUGACCAGAAAGAAAGCUCCAAUAUUUUGUAAUAGAUUUUUCAUGGUCAUACAAAAACGUUGUCGGCCAUUUUAGCCUAUAGAUUUAUCUAUGCUAUGACGUCAUUUGUAAACGAACACUCUCAGGCACGUAUGAAAAAACCUAUCUGAGUUUACAUUAUAAAACCAUGAUAUCUAAU